AAGACUCUCUCCACUAGGCUAAUUAGGAAGCCAGAAGAACACAGACCCAGAGAGGGGAAAAGGAAAUCUCCAAAACACACACUUUUCUGUCUGGUACUGCUCAAGGCAGAGUGACAAUGGAGGAGACGUACCUGCUCAACCAUCCGGGAGUCAGGAAGAAGAUUCUGGCAGGAGGCUCUGGACCGCUGCCACACUUUCCACCUGGGACAAAGCUGGUUUUCAAUUUCCAGACACUGCUGGACAACUUUGAACGAACAGUGAUCGAUGACAGUCGACUGGCUGGCAGGCCGGCUGAGAUAUUUGUUGGGAAGAUGUUCAAGAUGGAGGUCUGGGAGACCCUGCUGAUGUCUAUGAGGGUUGGAGAGGUGGCUGAGUUCUGGUGUGAUGCUGUUCACACAGGCUUGUACCCCAUCGUGUCCAAGGGAAUGAGGCUAAUCGCUCAGGGGAAAGACCCCCUAGAGGGCCAGAGACACAUGUGCGGCAUGGGAAACUUGUUCCACUAUCACUCCACUGGUUACCCAGAGCUGGAUGAGCUCAUGAGAACUCCUCAACCACUUAUAUUCAUCAUGGAGCUGUUGCAGGUGGGAGACCCCAUGUCCUACCAAAGAGAGUCAUGGAUGAUGGAAAAGGAUGAGAAGCUGCAGACGGUGCCAAUUCUCCACAUGCAGGGCAAUGCACUGGUCAAGCAGAGACGAUUCAGAGAGGCUGCCAGCAAGUACAAAGAGGCCGUCCUGCUGCUGAAAACAGUCCAGUCCAGAGAGAUGCCGGGUGAUAUAGACUACAUUAAUUUGGGUCGAAUGAUCAUCCCCCUGGAGCUGAACUACUGCCAGUGUAUGUUGGAGCUGGAGGAGUAUUAUGAAGUUAUAGAGCACACCAACGAGCUGCUGGAGAAACACAAAGACUUGGUGAAGGGCUACUACAAAAGAGCCAAGGCCCACGCUGCCGUGUGGAAUGAAAAGGAAGCGCGCAGAGACUUCAACAUGGUGGCCCACCUGGACGUCACUCUGGCCUCUCUCGUCAACCGAGAGCUGAGGGCGCUGUCAGAGAGCAUGAAGGAGAAGUACUGGGAGGAGAAGGAGAAAUACUGGAACAUGCUGGAGAAAAAGGAGAACACAGAUGAAGAUGAAGAAGAGGAGGAGGAGAAGGGGGUGGUGGAAGACAAAGGGAAACAAGAGGACAGCGAAAGUGUGACCACAGAGAGUAAAGAUGAAGUGGGGGAAGAAAAAGGUGAAGAAGAAUCUCCUUCUGUUAUCUGUGCUGAAGCCCAUAAAGAGGAACCCGGGGGAAAUAAAGUUACACCAACUGAGGGAACAAAUAAAGAGGAAGCGAGCUCUUCUGAGAUCAAUCUGAAUGCUGCCAAUAAAACGGAUGGAAAGGACUGGCAGCAGAUGUUACGACUGGUCAUGUUGCUGCAGAGCGAAGGAAACUUCCUCAUGAAAGAAAACCACUUUGAAGAGGCUUCUGUGAAGUUCAAGGAGGCCUUAGAAUACGUGGACCACCUUCAGAAUACACAGGUGGAUCAACAGGACGAGGACUGGGAGUCGCUGGAGAAAGUGCGUCUUCCUCUCACUCUCAACCAGAGCCAGUGUAUGCUGGAGCUCAAACAAUACCAGCAAGUGGUGGAGCUCAACAACGAGCUGCUAAAGAAACAUAAAGGAAACUUUAAGGCUGUAUACCAGCGGGCACGAGCACAUGCUGCUUUGUGCAACGAAGAUGAAGCUCGGAGGGACUUUGACAUGGUGGAGAAAUUAGACCCAACGUUCAGACCGUUCGUCCGCCAGGAACUGAGAAAGCUGGCUGAGAGAGUACGUACCAAGCACGCCCUUCAGAACAAGACAUACUGGGAUACAACACAGGAGAAGUGGGGGCCUGGUGGGAGCAAGGCAAGGAGUGCAGCAAGAAAGAAGUUCGUCAAAUGUGCACAGAAAGGAAAAACUCAAGCAGAUAAGAAGACAGAAGACAGUAAAGCAGAAGACAAGGAAAGCUCAGAGAAACCCACCCCUGCUGAGACGCAGGGAGCGGAUGAUGCAGGAACAGAGAAAGAUCCAGAUGUGAAAGCAGAGCAGCGUAAUAAAGAGCUCGUGAGUGGGAGAGCGAGUGGAGAGGGGUUAGAUAAUGAAAAUAUAGAGAGUGUCGUGGUUCACGAGGACGGGCAGGGUGCACCAGAUAAUCGAGCGACAGAUAAAGAUAGCAAUCCCGUGCCCACCAGCACAGGCGAAGAUAAUGUAGUGAGCAAGAGAUCAGCGAGGGAUAAGGGCAGCAAGAAGGUCAAAUGCCAAUCAAGUGCUGCACCGGGCUCAAGCAGAACAAGCAAAGGGAACAAAGCCACCUGUGAUAAGACAGGAAAUGGUGGCACUCAAACAGAAUAGACAAAUGGGCUGGAAUUGUUAAAGGAACACAGGGGCUUUACCUUGCUGUAAGGCAGCCAUUUCUGAUGGGAAACUGAAGCCGUUAAAUCGCUCUUGUCAAAGCCAGACUCCAUUGGGAAAUACAGUAAUUUAACAUUACUGCCAAACACAGUAACUGCUGGGCUACUGCCGCCUUCAUCGGUCAGUUUGUUUGUGUUACUGUGUGAUUUUGGUAUUUCAAAGGGUUCACUCGGAUUUACUAAAGUCAUACAAUGACACAAACAAUCUCACUGAUUGAGGCAACGGUAGACGAGCAACUCCCAUGUCCAGGGCACUAAAAUUACUGUUUUUCUCAAUGGAGUAUGGUGGCUUUGACGAGAGCGUACAUGAACAACUGAAGCUGUUAAUGUCUUCCUGGUCGGAAAGGGCUGUCUGCGGCAAAGUCAAAGUAAAGCUGUCAAAAUAGUGUACAGUUAAAGAUAUACUAGGCCAGACUUUUUUAAAGAACAAUAUAUAGACUCAUACAGAAGUAAUCCCUCUCAAUCUUCACUUAUGACCCACUCUCAGUGGGUGGUGGUGUAUUAUUCCGCAGAGACUGUGUCCUCUGCCUGUUUUCUUUUAGUCUGUGUUUGGGAUGUUUGUGAAAGUGUACUCCCAGAGCACUCAGGUGUAGUUGGGAUUUUUAAACAAAAAGGUAGCGACCAGGUGCCAGAAUGUAGGCAGCAUGCAAGCUAGAGACACAGUGCUGAAAAAAUGCAAUAAAGCGAGGCAAAAUGCCAAACGAGAGUGAAUCUGGGGUUGGCUUUACUCUCACUUUUGCUGGCAAGUGUGUUUAGAAAUAGUAACCAUCAAUCCUGCAUAGUAUACCUUUAAACUAGGGCUGUCAAGGGUUUAAAAAAAAAAAAAAUCUAAUUCAUUACAUGCUCCGUGAUUAAAACAUCUAAAGUAAUCACAUCCAUUAACUUUUGCUGUGAAAGUAUUUCAAAAAUUUCAGUUAAAAUGAAUUUUGGCAGAUGUGUCUUGUCCCCCUGUCCUCUACCACUGAAACUGAUCUGUAGUCCAUUGCAAUACAUUUUGCAUGGGAGGUAGACUGUCUGAACGCCUGGUUGUGUGACUUGACGAGACUGCCUGCUAGCGCUAGCACAAUAGGCUGUGCUAGCUCGGACCUCCAGGUUCGCUGCUAAAUGCUUUGUGUUGAGGUGAUAUUUCAGGCUUGAAGUACUCCGAUGGUAUGAAAAUACCUUACUAAUGUAAAAGUUCCAUUCACGGGGCCAAGCAGCGUUGUCUCGUCUGCCUCCAUCAUGAGACAAAGCCACUGUGGCCUUUAGUGACACACUGAGUCAAAGGGCA